AGGAGGUAGACAACUGCGGAGAGCGGUAGGUGGGCGCAGGAGCUACUGGAGAGGCUGCCCAGGCCGAGGGGAACGCGCCCCCCGGUGCCCCCGAUGAAGAUUCUGAAGUUGAAGAAGUUAAGUGACUUUGGCAGGGUCACACAGCUAUCCAGUGCAUCAGGUGUUUCAAGUACUUAAGGAACUAACCUCAGCUCAGGACUUGAUCUACUCUACCAAUCUGCCUCAGGUUUUCAUGGAGAAUUGUUAUUGAAGAUGGAUCCAUUUGGUCAGAUAUAGUAUUAAAGAAUGAAGAAAGAAAAAAAUUCCUAAUUAGUGCUAAAGAAAUUACAAGUAAUUGUCACCUCAGCAAAUUUGCUAAUGAGCUGGUGGAGGACAACUGUUUCUUCUCAUACAUCCAAAUUAGAAGGAUUAUGCUGUGCUAUGUUCAGCUAACCAGGAUCACCUUUCCUUGUUGACUAGUAGUCAUAAAAUUUUACAAUGGGUCUACGGAUUCACUUUGUUGUUGACCCACAUGGUUGGUGCUGCAUGGGUUUGAUUGUCUUUGUCUGGUUAUACAAUAUUGUCAUAAUUCCCAAAAUUGUCCUCUUUCCUCACUAUGAAGAAGGACAUAUCCCAGGCAUAUUAAUAAUAUUCUUCUAUGGUAUUGCCAUGUUUUGCUUGGUGGCCUUGGUGAGAGCCUCAAUAACUGAUCCAGGAAGACUUCCUGAAAAUCCAAAGAUUCCACAUGGAGAAAGGGAAUUUUGGGAAUUAUGUAAUAAAUGUAAUUUGAUGAGACCAAAGCGUUCCCAUCACUGCAGCCGAUGUGGUCAUUGUGUUAGGAGAAUGGAUCAUCAUUGUCCAUGGAUUAAUAAUUGUGUUGGUGAAGAUAAUCAUUGGCUUUUUCUGCAACUAUGUUUCUACACUGAGCUUCUUACUUGCUACGCAUUGAUGUUUUCUUUUUGCCACUAUUACUACUUUCUACCGUUAAAAAAGCGUAACUUGGAUCUCUUUUUAGUUAGACAUGAAUUGGCAAUAAUGAGACUAGCUGCUUUCAUGGGAAUAACUAUGUUAGUUGGAAUAACUGGACUCUUUUAUACACAACUAAUUGGCAUCAUCACUGAUACAACAUCUAUUGAAAAGAUGUCAAAUUGUUGUGAAGAAAUAUCGAGGCCCCGAAAGCCAUGGCAGCAGACCUUCUCAGAAGUUUUUGGCACUCGUUGGAAGAUCCUGUGGUUCAUUCCUUUCAGGCAGAGGCAACCACUGAGAGUUCCCUACCACUUUGCCAAUCACGUCUAAACAGAUGGAUGGUGGGCACAGAUGGGUCCUCCAUGCUGGAAAUGCGUUACAGGUUUUAUGAUAAUAGAACUAUGACAGUCUUCAAGUCAAUUAAAAUCCACCCACCAAUCUUAGGCAUCAUAAUGUGCCCCAGGCUUUAUUUUAAUAGUGAUCUUGAUCCUGUUGUGGGACUGAUACAAGAUCUAUAUUUAAGUUUUAAAGCGUGUUUACUUUCAAAUUAGCUUUCUAUGGGGAUUUCUUUAAACUCAUUUGUUGUUAAACUCAAAAGGUAAUGAUUGAGGUGAACUUAUUGUACACAAUUUCUUUUAGUACAAACUAUUAGUAACUUUAUUUUGUGAAAAAUUAUGGAUGUUUAUUUAAAUUCUACAUUUUCAAAUGGUAUGACCAGAUCUGAACUUCUUCAGGGUUAUUUUUUUAAAGCAUUCCUUCUAUGCAGAUUUUCUUUUCUAAUGUAAUUGUAAAUCUUUAAUGCUCCUUUUCUUUAUACAGCAUGAUAUUAACUAUAUAGCAUAGCCCUGAAAACAGGCAGUGUAUUUUAUAAGAAGCAGAUUUCUUCCUAGUGGUCUCCAUAUUUUUCCUACUUCCUUCCCACAAAAAAGGUCUUUUAAAGGAAAGACUUAAAUUUUUCAUCUUUUAAGUAUAACAUUUCAAAAAAAAAAUAACCCACAUACUUUUACUACAAAGAUUAUCACUCUUGUGUUGAUAAAAGAUGUUAAGGGCCAAGACCCAAAGGAAAUAUGUGACUAAUAGACAUAUUUUCCUGUUUUCCACACUGAGAUUUGUUUUGCUUAUUUGUUUCUAGUAAUUUACAAUAAUUUCAUUUCCACCUUUUCUCACAUUACAGUUCAUACAUUUGAAAAUGUCAAUUUAAUUUUAAUAUAUAAUAUAUAGUAUGUAAAGGAAUAUAUGUGUGCAAAAAUAGACUCCUAACUUUCAUCUUCUAAUAGAGUUAGAAUUGCUUUUUGAGUGUUUAUAUUUAAGAAUAUUGAGCAGUGAAAUAUUUUUAAGGUGUUCUUUUAUGUAUAUUUACUUUUGUUAUAGAUAAGUAACCAGUUUCUGGUUGUUGCUAAACAGAAUUUGAUUGGCUGACUGAAUUAUGGCUUAAAUAUUAUUUUGUGAUAAUUGAGAUUCUUUCUUAUUGGAAAUGGCUACUGUUAUGAGAUGGUUUUCAUUAGGGAAAUUUAAUUGUUUGCAAUUUUUAUUUGCUUUUCUGAUUUCACCAAACUAAAAUAUGAUCAUAAUAAUGGUAUAUUUGAGAGACAGAAUACAUGGGUUGAUUGGUUGCAUGUUUUGAGGAGUACAUUUUUUUUUAAUAUAGCAUUCAGAACUUUUUUUUUUUUAA